AUGUUUACCAUUACGUCAAUUUAUUUAUUCUGGUGUAACAACAUGGCGUCCGACUUAUCUUUAAGAGAUUCCGUUCCAGAAUCAGUGGAACCUGGAUGUUCUGACGAUCAGAAAUACAUUGACCGAGUGAAAAAACUUCUAAAGCCCCUCGAGAAUCGAUGGGACUAUGUUCAAAGCGUUCUUCUGUGGGAAAAACCCAUUCAUUCCUUGUGUUAUUUCAUCGUGAUGACAGCUCUCUUUGGGUGAGUUGAAGUGCGGGGUUAAAAUGCUAGAGAGAGAGAAUUCAUUAUGUAAUGCGCUGAUGUGAUGUCAUCUUGACCACAGUUCAGUGGCAAGUGGACGUUUCCGUGUUGUUCUGCUGCUGGUUGUGAUAAUAGCGUCAUCAUUGCUCAUAGAUGAUGUGAGAUCCAAGGUGCGGUUGUUGCUACUUGCAGGUACGUCAUAAACGAACGAAUCCACUUGUUCAUCGACUUGAGAAUGUAUUUCCGACGGAUCGGAUGUGUUUAAUUAUAAAUGACUCUUUUAUAAACUUUAUUAACAUACUUAUUUCCUAAAUGCGAUCAGGUGGAUUUGGUGAAGUCAGCGAUGAAGACAGGUAAGCAGAUUUUGCGACUAUUCAUAAUAUUUUAUUGCGCCGCCGUUUUUAAUCAACCGAAGCUUAUAUCUUUGCGGUUUCACUGACAGCAAAAAAUAUUUUGAACACAACCACGACAUAAGCUACAUUAUAAUCAUCGUCAUUUAAAAUAAGUGUUUUGUUUUUGUUUUUCUGAUUGCUGACACAAAUUCUUGUGUUGCCAUAAAAAACGUUUGUUACCGAAACGAGCGAAUGUUAAAAGAAUUUACAUGUACAGUACAUUGUGAACCCCAUUAAUUGAAUAUUUAAUAUGGUUAAUAUUUUAUCGCAUAGAUUCCACAGAAAAAUAAGCUAUAAAUCUGGUUUUCUAAAUUUGUUAUUUAUUACAGUCGAGAUACAACACUCUCUUAUUCACGACUGUGUGAAAGAUUGGCAGUAAUAUGGAGUUUCUUCAUGACUUGGUUUGAAAGAGUAAAUAGAAUGAAAAGUGAGAACGUAUACAAGGUAUGCAAAUAUUUUUACCAAAAUUAUGAUUAUUUUUAAGUACUUGAGUAUUCUGAUACCGGUAGCUGGUAUCCUUUUAGUUUAGGCAGCAAUGUUGAAUUACAGUACAUAUGUGUUUUGCUCUGUCCCGCAGAGGGCAGUGGCAGAUCUAGACCUUCAGAUGAGGGAGGGGGGUGGUCAUCCAGACCCUAAGGGAGGGAGACCGGUCUCAAAAAAUUUUUUUUCAACCUUUUGGGCCUCAGUUUGGUCUAAAUAUAAGGGGAGGCCCUGGGUCCCUUCCCUGGAUCCACCACUGAAGAGAGAGGGUGGAGCAUAGGAGGGGCAGGGGGAUCCCUUUUAAAGUGUUGUACUGGUCCUUUGCGAGGGUACUUAAAAAAACAGGGUGUAAAGGUAAUACAAUGUAAUCAGGUUUACUUUGUAUGUCUCUGAAGAGGAAAGCAAAUGAUAUUAAAACAGCCUGUUCACACAAUUCUGCGUUGUAUUUCAUGAUGGUAUGUAUUUUUUGUGGUUGUUUUGGGGUCUUAUAAUUGAUGACAAUUUUCAUUUUUCUCCCUCCAAGCUUUUUCCUUUAGGGGAUGAGGGUAUCCUUCCAUAUUUAAGUUUUUUUUAAGGUAUGUGCUACAGCAGACUUGCCAAACCCCAAAAGCCAGAGAUUCUGAAACCAGAGCUGGGAAAAGUAGUGAAAAGUGGGUAAAAAGAUAGCAGUAAACAUCACGAUUUUUCAAGUUAGAUUUUUGUAAUUUCUAUGUUCUGUCGGUAGCCAUUUUGAAACAAGAAGAACAGUAAGUCUGCACAUUUGGUGGUAGCAGCAAGUCUCGAUAGGCUAAAGAAUGUAGUCAAAUGUGACCACUAAGCAUUUUCUUUGGAUUGAGCUGGCUAUCUAUUCAUAUCUAACUUUCAGCUCCAAAAUUUUUUUGGAGUUUGACUUUUUGAGAAAGCAUGAGAAAUCAGUUGCCAGCUGGUGAGAGUGUGAGAUAGGUCAGGAAAUCUAUGAGACUAUGAGACUUGGCAAGUCUGCUACAGAAUAGGAGCGUCAUAGGAUAAGCUUAAGGUCUCUGUGACGCAAAGCAACAUGCACUCUUUUACCAAGUUCCAAAAAUUUUGGUAAACCUUUUCUUUGCAUGUCUUUCAUUUGGAAAGUCAGACAGUGGCAAGGGUUGUAUCCUCUUUCAUCCGGGGCUAUCGAUAAAAUUUCAAGUUGCUGAGUAUAUGCAAUAAGUAUGCAGGUAAUUGAACACUGCUGGGAAGUCCUUGUGGUUUUACUUCACACUUAGUGACAUCGCUGUUCAUCUCUGAGAUUCUUGAUUUGAUUCAUUUGAAUGGUUUUGAUUUAUAUUUUGUUGGCAUGGCAGUGAUAUCACAGUAGGGUGAGGCCUUGUUAUUGUUUGAGAUUCGAAUUUUUUCUUGAGUACUAAAACUGUGUUCAAAAUUUAUAAGUUUUCAUUGUAGGUGAUCGUGAUAAUUUUCUACUGUCAUUUUUGCAGUACUAUGGAGUAUUAUUUGGACUGUUACUUGUGGUGGUGUUUGCCUACCAGUAUUUACCUUUGAUGAAGAUUUUUUACCUUUGUGGUAUGUUCUAUCAAUAGAUAGAUAGAAACGUAGAUAGAAACUUUAUUCAGGGCCGUCAUUAAGUUUUGAAGCAGCUGUAGGAAUUGAAGAUUCACCCGUGUAUAACAUAUCUCACAAAAAUCUACAGUGCAAUCUUUAGCUUUACACUUUGGUCACUUUGGUAACAUCAAAAUUUAAUGAGCUCAGCUGUAACCUGUGUUACAGGUUAUAGGCCUUAAUGACAGUGCUACUGUUUUUAAUGUGUCAGAGCUAUAUAGCUUGGGAUACUAAUGCAGAGACUCAAUCAAAAUAAAAUAUAUUUAGUUUAAAAGAAAUGAUAUUUUUGUGAUUUUUACAAGUUACAAUUAUCCUAGUACAUAAUUGUACAUGCAAAUUUUGAAGCAUCACCAAGGGCUUUGUAAAUACCUUACAUUUAUCUCAAAUUUCCAUCCCCCUCCUGUAAGGAACCUUUUCAGUUCAAGUACCUCUUCCUUUACAUAAUUUAAAAACUGAUGUAUGCUUGCAGUGAUUCUCUUUCCAUCUCUCUUGGAAUGAAACUGUUUUGUUUGUUGUAGCUUGUGCCCUGUACUUCUGGCCUGUAAUAAAACACCAUGGUAUACACAAAAGAGUAAAAAAGACCCUGGAUCCAUUUUAUAUGCCCUUUGUUGUUCAGUGGCAACAUACUCGAACAAAGCGUCAGAGGGAUGUCAGUGCAAAAGGUAUUUAAUUCUUGUUGUCCACUGGUGGUCAGUUAGUCAAGGUACAGCGUAUGAGAACUUAAAGACAUGAUUGCCCAUGAUCAACACCCACAGAGGGGUGCAAGGUUAUUUUCAUGACGCUGUGAUGGACCAUUUUUGGUGUCCCUGAAUCGUGAUGGCGACAUCCCCCCCCCCCUCAAGCAGUCGCCCCUUCAGGCUUCUACGACCCAGGCUUAAAAGGAAAAACUGGCUAGCUACGCCCCUGAUUAAUCAACUAUGUUAUAUUUUUGUUUUGUACUAGUGAUUUCGGGAGAACAACCAGGUAACAGUGAUGAUGAAUUUGCAGAGGACCUUCGGCCACUUGUAGAGGAGACAACUGUCAAUCAAGAUGUCACUUUGCAGGAGUCGGAGCCUAGCUCAUCAGAAUCACCCACCCCUGAACCCCCUCUACAAGUCAAGUUUCUUGAAAAAGUUAUUGCAUCAGCUGUUUCUCAAGGGCUCAGCUCACUCACAGACCUCAGUCAGAAUCAGAAUGAUGAUGAUAGCGCUCAAGCUGGUAAAUAAUAUGUUAUUAUUUGCAAUUUACUUUAAUUUCUCUCUCUAAUAAAUCCCCCUGGGGUUUAUUUCAAGGUUGUCAGCAAAAGUGGGUUACCAUGGUUACCAACAUGUAGUGAUGCCGCCUAUAUAACAGGGCAUCUUACCACUGUUUGGAGAAAGUGGCCAUAAGGUCUCUAUUCCUGGUCACUGACACCUAUUCCAGGCCAAUUUUUUUUUGGGAGGUGGGGUGAGGGUGGGGGCUAUCAGAGAAGGGGCUCACAAUGUAUUUAAACAAGGACAGGCAGUCCUUGGUGUCAAGAAAUUUGAGAGCUCUCUUCUAGUGUUUCAACAACAUUUGACCAAUAUGAUGGUUGAUUCAGAGGUUAUAGAUCAAGAAAUAGUAGAAGGUACCUAAGCCCAUUCCUCUUUUAUUUUCCCCCCAGCUGUUUGAUAAGGCAUAAUUUGCCUGCAUACCAAUAUAUUAUGGCCUAGUAUCUCAAAUAAGUCUGAGAAAACAGCUAUACCACCAGUACUUUUCCCCAGCAAAACGAUGUCUGAGGAACAAGUGCAGAAAUUCCAUACUGUCAAUGUGUCAUGACCCAGAUCUGGAUGUGUGUGAUUGGUCACGCCACAAGAGAAAUUUGCUUAAAAAAUUAGAAGCACUUCCCAGGUCUGGGUAGUGAUACAUCAUCAGUAUGGAAUUUCUCCGCUUGUUCCUCAGACAUCAAUUUGCAGGGAAACCAGUGACGGCAUCAAAAAUUGUUGGUUGUUUUCUCAGGUUAAUCUCAAAUGUUUUUUGUUUCUUAUCAAGCAACUUCUGGAAAUUCAUCACCGGAUGCUGAAAGUUUUGGCAGUCCUUCCUUACUUUUGGAUAGUCUUCAGUUUCCAUCCAUAAGUCAAGGAGGAGACACUCUCGAAUUUGAAGAGGGCAAGUUCAUGGAAGGAUUAGAAUUUCCAGACAUUGGGAAAGAUUCUGACUCAGAGACUGAAAAUGUUCAUCCAGUGAGUAGGUCGGAAGUGGACAGUAAACCAAAAACAGUUGAAAUUGAGCAAAUGCAAACAAAGGAACCCAUUGACAGAGUUAACAGUCAGACAGCUUCAAGAACAUCUGAAAGUGCAUUGACAUCAUCGGCAAAUAUGGACGUGUCAGACUAUGAGAUGUUAGACCAGUCUGAAGCUGAAGGAAUGACACCAACAGAUGAAACAGACAAUGUUGAUUCCCAAAGCGGACUGGGAUCAGUGACUAACUAUGUGGGAAAAUGGCUUGGCUACUGA